UUUCUCAUUAUUAUUCAUUCUUCUCUUUCUCUCUCAUUUCAAAGCAUUAUCACACACAUACAAACUUGAAGAGAAGGUUUUUAAGCUAGAGACAGUUCAAUUAAGAAAAUCUCUUCAUUUGAUUUGAUCUACAUUCAAAUUUUAGCUUAUUGGUCACGUUCAAUACAGCAUUGGUGGAGGUAAUUUGGAUGACUACGGCGAAAAAAAACAAUUGUAAAUAAAUCUUUUUAAAUUAAAGUGUCUUUGUUACACCUGCACGCCCUUUGGUGCAUGUACACUACACACAACAUGCGCUGCACGAUUAUGAGUUCAAUGUAUUCACUGACAAUUCGAUAAAAGAAGAGGGCUCAUCAAGUAGCUAGGUGUACACAGUACGUCGUACCUGUUUUGGUAAAUAAGGAAUAAAGAAAGAGUGGGAAAAUGGGAGAAAAAUGGGAGUUCCAAGUAGGAGUGGUAGGAGCAUUGUUUCUAUCAGUGGCAUCAUCAGUUUCUAUUGUUAUUUGCAACAAAGCCUUGAUGAGUAAUCUUGGCUUCCACUUUGCGACAACACUCACAAGUUGGCACUUGAUGGUAACAUAUUGUACCCUUCAUUUGGCACAACGCCUCAAAUUUUUCGAGACGAAAUCAGUGGACAUGAAGACUGUAGUUAUGUUUGGCAUCCUAAAUGGAGUCUCCAUUGGACUUCUUAACUUGAGCCUUGGCUUCAACUCCAUUGGAUUCUACCAAAUGACUAAGCUUGCCAUCAUACCUUUUACUGUCCUCUUGGAAACCAUUUUCCUCAACAAACAUUUCAGUCGAAAGAUCAAGUUUUCUCUGUUCAUCUUGCUGGUGGGAGUCGGGAUUGCUUCUAUCACCGAUCUGCAGCUCAAUUUUGUUGGCACAGUUCUUUCUGCUCUAGCCAUAAUCACAACGUGUGUUGGUCAGAUUCUGACUAACACCAUACAGAAAAGACUUAAUGUUUCGUCUACACAACUGCUGUAUCAAUCAGCACCAUUCCAAGCAGCUGUCCUAUUCGUCUUUGGUCCUAUGGUUGAUAAGUUCCUUACCAAGCAAAGUGUUUUUGCCUUCAAGUACUCUCCUCUUGUCUUGGGAUUCAUCGUGUUAUCAUGCCUGAUCGCGGUGUCAGUGAACUUCAGCACAUUCCUGGUGAUAGGAAAGACAUCACCAGUAACAUACCAAGUACUAGGACAUCUGAAGACAUGCUUAGUACUUGGGUUUGGUUAUACAUUAUUACAUGAUCCAUUUACAGAGAGAAAUAUAAUUGGAAUAACAAUAGCUGUAUUUGGGAUGGGACUCUACUCAUAUUUUUGUACCAAUGAGAGUAAAAAGAAAGUUCCUGUUGGGGAUUUAUCUACAGCUUCCCAGAUAAAAGAUAAAGAAAAUUUGCCACUAUCAACAGUGAAGAAUGUGGGUGUACAAGAUAAUGAAGGUCAUGAAAAGGUCAAAGCAGCCAAGGAUUCUCUUGUCUAAUCAUCAACUCUUUUUUUUUUAACCUUUCUUUUAUUUGAACUUCACCUUUUAUUUUUAUGUUUUUCAAAGGGGGUUGGGAGGAUUUUUGUAAGGGAUCGGUAAUAUACCAAUAUUCUUUAAGGUUCAUUUCAAUUAUAUUCUAAAACAGUAAAUUGAGGAUAAUA